AUGGACUCUUUUCGUGCUGGACUUGAGGGAAAACGCCUCCCAUCUUCUAAACUACGACUUCCAACCACAAGCAACUUCCUCACACGAUCUAAGAGAAAGCGUCCAGUCGUAUCAGCACCCAUUGGACCCGUCAAGAACUCCCGAGGCGCCGAUUUUGUACGAAGCGACACACUAAUCAUUGUUCCCACUAUCAAGGACUGUUGUUCAGACGACUCAUCGUCCGACAAAGAGAAUGCCCAGGCUAUAAAGACUACUCGGCGCAUCUCUGCCAGCUUCUCGACUCAUGGAUCACUUGCUAGCCCCCCUACCGUUGCUAAAUCUGGCCUCACUGCGACAAGCUCUCAUCAAUUGCUCUUGUCUGCGGCUCCUGUCAAGCCUCUACCGACUACAGCAUCUUUUACAAACUUUUCAAGAAAGACACUAGCCAACAGUUCCAGCUACGGUGUCUAUCUAACUGUCGACAAUAUCUUCCAAGACGAGAACGUCCCUCCCCCGGACCACAAAGAAGUAGCUCCCGCAGAGACAGCUUCCUCGACUAUGAAUAAGAGCCGUCUUCCCAAGUCUCGGACGUUGACUGUUUUGAGCGAAAUCAAGAGUUCAAUCUCUCGAACAUCCAUGAAUUCGAAACCGUCUAGCCCUCGACCUCUUGCUGAUCAGUCUCGCAAGGCGUCUUCAUCUUCAACCAGCAGUCUACUCACAUCCAGCUCAUCCAGACUUUGCUUACCAGGAUAUGCCUCGACUUCUGCAUCUCGAACUAGUAGCACAAGCACUCUAGUGACAGAGUUGCUGCCGAAACCCGACCAAAUCACCUCGUCGCAACCUUCGGCAUAUUGGUCAGGUCGCUUCGUUUCUCUCCACGACCGCUUCCUCACUGAGGAGUUUAGCACUGAAGAUGCAGUGUCACAAGGUUCAUUAUCCAACAACAGCUUCUACGCUUUUGCGAUGAAAACCGACCGUGCUGCUGUCAAUUCUCGUCCAACACAUCUUUCACACUCUACAACGACAUCGGCUCUCACAAGCCUGACCGUCACGAAGCCACGCAACAAAACCAGCACUAAAGAUGCUCGAUGCUUGCGGGUCUUUCAUCAUCUCGAAAACCUUUGUAUCACAAUUGAAGCACGUCGAUCCUUACUCGCCUGGCAGCAGACAUAUGCCCGUCGCAUGAACAAGCCGAACUUGCUUCCUCAAGGUGGCAGCAUGGAGCACAGGAGCCUGAUGGGAAGGAUCUUUAGCGGAGGUAAAGGAACAAGCGGAAAUACACGACACAGCCUGCCAGCUAUGAAUGGGCCAUCCGGUCUUCCAGUAUCGAAGAAGAGACCUAGCCUGGCUUCUAAGCAACGCGGGAAACGACUCUCCUUCAACUAG